AUGGCUGUGAGGCGAAUGGUGUUUGCCGUGGCCCUUGCUGGCCUUGCCAUGGCCAAGCCACUCAAGCCAAUCAAGCCGACGGGCACAUUCUGUCCAAUCAUCUGUAUAGACGCGAUUAGCGAUUGCGGCAUACCAUAUGGAGGUUGCUACGAUCCUUGUGUCGACCCUGCUCCUACACCUCUUCCUUGUGACGUGGUGAAUGCAACUUCACAGAGUCCAGUCGUGGUGAGCCCAGUACCAGCGACACCAACUGGUGAGAAUCCGAUUUUGGUGACUCCCGCUGUGGGGAAUUCGACUUCAGUCACUCCAGUCGUGGUGAGCCCAGUCCCAGCAACGCCAACCAGCGAGAAUCCGUUCUCAGUCACGCCUGGUUCGACUUCAGUCACUCCAACCGUGGAGAGUCCAAGUUCAGUCACCCCAGCCUCAGAAACUCCAGAAGACGAGGAAACUCCAGAAGACGAGGAAACUCCAGAAGACGAGGAAACUCCAGACUCAGAGUCACCAAUAUCAGAGGAUCCAGUCCCAGCAGGGUCGGCGGCAGAAGGGGCAGAAGUGACAGACUUGGCAGACGUGCAAAUGGAAAUAGGCUCGACGCCAGAGAACCCACUUCCUUGGAUUCCCGACGAAAACGAAGAUUCAUGGUGGUGGGACUGA